AUGGCCAGUGUGGAUGAGGGACAGCCAUGGGAGCCUGAGGGCCUGGUCUCCUCCCAAGGCCUGGAGCAGGACUGGCACCAGUGGAUUUUUGUGAACCACAGCCUGGCGCUGGAGAAGAUUCGCUGCUUCAGCUUCGACAUGGACUACACUCUGGUUGCCUGCAAGUCCCUAGCCUAUGAGGCACUAGCCUUUGAGCUGUUGCUGGAGUGCCUGGUGUGCAUCAGGUACCCACACGAGAUCCUGUGCUACACAUACGACCCUGGCUUCCCCACCAGGGGGCUGGUGUUUGAUGCAUUCUAUGGGAACCUGCUGAAGGUGGAUACCCACGAGAACGUGCUGCUGGGCACCUAUGGCUUCCCCCUCCUCUCUGAGGCCAAGAUCUGGAGCUUCUAUCCCAGUGAGUGCAUUCAGAGGGAUGACCUGCAGCGGUUCCACAUCCUCAACACACUCUUCAACUUGCCUGAAGUCUGCCUGGUGGACUUCUUCUCCAGCUGCUCCCGCUACAUCAACUGUGACACUGGUUAUCAGCAGGGAAGCCUCUUCCAGGAUGUGACCGAUGCCAUGAGUAAUGUCCAUGAGUCGGGCUGUCUCAAGGAGAAGACCCUGCAGGACUUGGAGAAAUACAUGAAGAAGGGUGUGCGAAUCCCCAUCCUGCUGGGUAAGAUGAAGGAGGCUGGGAAGUUUCUGACCACCACCAGCAGCUACAGUCACACUGAUUCCAUUGUGACCUACCUGUUUGACGCUGGUGAGGCGGAGGCCUCAGCCAAGCCCUGGAGGUCCUGCUUUGACCUGAUGGUGGUGGACACGCAGAAGCCCUGAUUCUUCGCAGAGGGAAUGAUGCUGAGGCAGGUCAACACAGACUCGAGGAAGCUCCACGUGGGCACCUACACUGGGCCUCACCAACACCGUGCCAUCUACUGUGGAGGCUCAUCAGACGUGGUGUGCGAGCUGCUCAGGGUGCAGGGGAAGGACAUCCUGUACAAUGGGGACCACAUCUUUGGGAACAUCCUCAAGUCCAAGAAGCGGCAGGGCUGGCGGACUUGCCUGGUGGUUCUUGAGCUGUCCGGGGAGCUGGGCACCUGGGCCCGGGAAAAGGAGCGGUUGGAGGAGCUGCAGAGGCUGGACAUGCGCUUGGCUGACCUGCACCAGCACAUGGAUGGGAGCAGUUGCGGACUGCAAGUCAUCAACUCCACCACGAGGGAGAUUCGGAUGCCGCAUGAAUCACUCGUGGAGCAAGACUGGGCCAGUCUGAACUGUGCCUUCAGCUUCCUCUCCUGCAGCCCCAGGGUGAGUUGCGGGGAGGUGGUGGUGCUGGCCCCGUCGCUGGGUGGAGCCCUCGCGCUGCAGCCCACGAGUUCAGCAGCUUGGGGCCACCACUGGGCUAAGAGAGGUUCCUGA